AUUUAGUGGGAGCCAUGUUCAAGUUGCUGGUGCUUUCGUGCCUUUUGGCUUUGGCGCUGCCCUCGCUAGCGGAAGUUGGCUGGUGGAAAACGGGCCAGUUCUACCAGAUCUACCCGAGAUCUUUCAAGGAUAGCGAUGGUGACGGCGUGGGCGAUCUCAUCGGAAUUACGCAACAACUGGCCUACCUGAAGGAAAUCGGCAUCACUGCCACCUGGCUGUCCCCGAUCUUCACCUCGCCCAUGGCCGACUUCGGCUACGAUGUGGCUGAUCUCAAGAACAUCGAUCCCAUCUUCGGCACCAUGGCAGACUUCGAAGCACUGGUGGCUCGCGCCAAGGAGCUGGACAUCAAGAUCAUCCUGGACUUCGUGCCCAACCACACGAGCGACGAGUGCGACUGGUUCAUCCGAUCGGCUGCUGGCGAGGCGGAGUACAAGGAUUUCUAUGUGUGGCACACCGGAAAGGUUGUCAACGGCAUCCGCCAGCCCCCCACUAACUGGAUCGGCGUCUUCCGUGGCUCCAUGUGGACCUGGCACGAGGGUCGCCAGGCCUACUACCUCCACCAGUUCCACGCCAAGCAGCCCGAUCUCAACUACCGCAACCCCAAGGUCGUGGAGGCCAUGAAGGAUGUCCUGCGGUUCUGGCUGCGCAAGGGAGCCUACGGCUUCCGCAUUGAUGCGGUGCCCCAUGUGUACGAGGUGCCAGCCGACGCCGAUGGCAACUGGCCCGACGAGCCCAGGAACGAGGAGGUGAGCGAUCCCGAGGACUACACCUACCUGCAGCACAUCUACACCACCGACCAGCCGGAGACCCUGGAGCUGGUCUACGCCUUCCGCGACGUGAUCGAGGAGAUCGACGCCGAGCUGGGCGGCGACGAUCGCGUCCUGCUCACCGAGGCCUACUCGCCACUGGAUAUCCUGAUGCAGUACUACGGAAACGGAACCCACCUCGGCUCCCAGAUCCCCUUCAACUUCGAGCUGCUGUCAAAGAUCAGCUACAGCUCCGACGCCUACCACUACUCGGAGCUGAUCCACAACUGGCUGGACAACAUGCCCGAGGGCCAGGUGGCCAACUGGGUGUUCGGCAACCACGACCAGAGUCGCAUUGGCUCCCGCCUGGGCGCCGACCGCAUCGACGCCUGCAACAUGAUCAUCCUGGGCCUGCCCGGCGUGAGUGUCACCUACCAGGGCGAGGAGAUGGGCAUGACCGACGUGUGGAUCAGCUGGGAAGACACCGUGGACCCGCAGGCCUGCCAGUCCAACGAGCAGGAGUUCGAGCGCCUCACCCGCGACCCCGUGCGCACUCCCUUCCAGUGGAGCGACGAGCAGAACGCCGGGUUCUCCAACGCCUCUGUCACCUGGCUGCCGGUGGCCAGUGACUACAAGCUGGUCAACGUGAAGAAGGAGCGGGGCAUCGCUCUGAGCCACCUGAACGUGUACAAACAACUGCGAGCUCUGCGGGAUGAGCCCACCCUGAAGCAGGGCGAUGUCAGUGUCUCAGCCAUUGGACCCAAUGUGCUGGCCUUCAAGCGCUCCCUGGCUGGCCAGAAGUCCUACAUCACCGUCAUCAACAUCAACGAUGAUGUCGAGUCGAUCAACUUGGACUCCGUCUUCACCUCCAUCACCACGCAACUGCAAUAUGUGGUGGUGAACGAUAAGAGUGCGCGUCGCAAGAACGAUCUUACCUUUGCCAACUCCGUGCUGCUGAUGCCCAAGGAGGCCGUCGUGCUGAGCACAGUCUAAGCUAAUUCAAUAGGUCUUUAAUAAAGAAUAAUCAAAAAAAAGAAAUAUGAUCGCA